CUCCAUGUUCGAUUAGUCGGGCUGCUAAGCAGUGUGUGGCCGCUACGACAUCUCGCGAGCGCGGGGGCGCCGCCGCAGUGAUUGCUCCUGCCUGCGGAGGUGCGCGGCUGCCAUGGCGAUGCGCGGCGCCUCGCAGGACCUGGCCUGGUGUCUCCGUCGGGUCGGGGCCAGCGCCGACUGGCUGCUGCUGGAGGCCGGUACGCAGGUAACUGUAGGCCGAGGACUAGAUGUCACCUAUCAGCUCGUGUCUAAAACCUGCCCCUUGAUGAUCUCUCGGAAGCACUGCGUUUUCCAGCAAGAUGCAGAAGGACAGUGGGCUGUCAAGGAUAACAAGAGUCUAAAUGGAGUCUGGCUUAACAAACAGCGCCUGGAUCCCUCAAAAGCCUAUCCGAUCACUGAAGGAGACCGUAUCCAGUUGGGAGUGCCUUUGGAAAACAGAGAGACUGCUGAAUAUGAGUAUGAAGUGAUUAAAGAGGAAUGGGAGAAAAUUAGACCAUUUUUAGCUCAAAGGAGUGAUCUGGGGAAAGCAAAGGGUUCAAGAAUGAAACGUAAAUUCAGCAUGGAAGAAGUGGAAAUGUCGGAAUCUGAAGGCCCUUCAAAUUCCAGAUCCAAAAGAAACAGAGUGUACUGUGAUAGAAAAACUUUGGGUAAAGCAUGGGGAAGGGUAGAAGAGGCUAAACUAUUAGAGAAUAUGGAUGUCAAGCUGCCUUCUCCUGGACCAAGUGAGGCGGAUAGUGAUCCAACAUGUAGCAGCCCAGUACACACUGAAAAACCUGUGUCUGUCCCACAUAAUGUCCAGAAAGACUCUGGUCUUGCACAGUCGUGGACUGGCUUGGAAACGCUGAGGAAAAGUCUAGUAGAUACAAUGAAGUUAAAGGUCAAAAUGCAGGAGAAGCAGACAGCAGUUCUGAACAUAAAACAGAAGCACAGAAAGGGUGCUCAGAAAGAGAUCCUGGCAAUGGAGCAGGAGCUACAGGAGUUGCAGGACCAGCUGUGCAUAGAACAAGAGCAUCAGCAGCAGCAGGUGGAAGAGCUGGAAAGGACAUUCUCUAAAGAGCAAGAGCAGCUGAAGGGAGUAAAGAGGCAACAUGGGCAAGAGAACCUAAAGGAGCAGCUGGCCCAGGUCCUGCAAGAGCAUCAUGCUUUGAUGGAAGAACUGAGCCGUAGUAAAAAAGACUUUGAGGAGAUAAUUCGAGCCAAGAAUAAAGAACUGGAAGAAACCAAGGAGGAGAAAGAAAAGGUGAGAGCCCAAAAAGAAGAGGUGUUGAAUCAGAUGACUGAUGUGUUGGAGAAUGAGUUGCGGUGCACAAUCUGUUCUGAGCACUUUAUCGAGGCAGUCACCUUGAAUUGUGCACACAGCUUCUGCUCUUACUGUAUUAGUGAGUGGACAAAGCGUAAGGUGGAGUGCCCGAUCUGCAGGCAGGAGAUCAAAUCCAAGACGCGCUCUCUGGUGCUGGAUAACUGCAUUGACAGGAUGGUCGAAAAACUGGACGUGGAAACGAAAGAGCUUCGCCUGAGCCUUACCAGAGAGCGGAAAGAGAAACAGGAGGAUGUGUUGAUGAAACUAGCCACAGACAAUGAGAGACGUAUCAUUUCGUCCAUCUACUCCCUCAUGUGGGCGAGUCUUUUUGACAGUGAGGACUCCGAGGAGGAUUCUUCCUGAAAUGGAAGCCACUCCCUUAUCUAAACUCUGUUACUGCAAACUCAUUUGCCUGUGUCCUGCACAGACUGGCAGGAUUUGUCUAAACCUAAAGGCUGACUGCUGCUGGAUGAAUGGAUGGGACAUCUGGAAUGGCAGACUCUAUGAAGAGGCUGGAGCUGAGAACUGGCAGCAUUUGGAAGAAGGACCUUUUUAAAUGGAUGUACCGAAUCUUGAUCUCCAAAACAGAACUGGGAUUGUGAGGGGACAAACUACAGUUCUGCUAGACAACUGACAUACAAAGCUUAGACUUCCAUGAUGGUUUGUGACCUGCUUGGUGUAACGUAAUAGGUUAUCUGCAUCGCUGCCCCUUCCUUAGUGAACGUUUAAAUGUGUACAUCAGCUUCCCUUAAUUCAGGCAAGAGGGAAUGGCCCAGGCUAUUUGAGAACUUGGCCAUCCCUCCACCAGCAGGCAUGAGAGGUGUAUCAGGAAAGUGCCAGUGUAGAUUUUCCUCUUGAGUUUCAUAUGGCAGCUAGAGUAAUCCCAGGCUUCUGGCAGUGAAAGUAACAAAAGGUGGGUUAUGGACCCUGCCAGCCCCAAGUGAUUAAAUGCAAUGUAAGCUGAGCUGCUGGUCAUCAUCUGUUUGAUCUGUGGACACUGUUUGCUUUCUCUCUUAUCGGGAUGGAGAAGAUUAAAUCUUCCAGAAUUCCUUAGCUAGUGCACUUUUCAUACACUUACCUUUGCUAUGUUCCCUCUUUAGGCUAAAGAGAAUUGGGAAGCAGUGCAACCAGAAAUUAUUAGCAACUAACAACAGCACUUCUGAAGAGGCAGGGUAGGAAAGCAGUGUCUGUAAGCAAUCACAAUGCACAGAAGGCAACAUUUUAUUGUUUACAAAACAUUGUUGAGCUGUGGGUUGUAUAGUGACCUCACAGCAAAUCUCUCAUCCCUGAGAGACUGAGCAAGUCUUGCCUCAUCUGUCAAUUUGUCUAUGAAGUUCCAUUUCCAGUGGCAUGUGCUUCUGAUUUAGCUGUUAGAUGGAAAGGACUGUUUUACACUGUGAGAAGAGGAUGGGGAAAGCCCAGCUCAUCUAAUAUUUCUUUGGCUGUUCUUACGUACUUCCUGUGUUUAUUUUGUUUCAGAAGGAAAAUGUAAAUCCAUUUCUGCAUUAGUCUUCCUUGGAGCAACCAGAGUUGGUUGUCUUUUUCCUAGCUGUCUUAGAUUUU